AUGGAUACUUCUGCUAAUGUAGCUAGACUGGAGUAUUACGACGGUAAAGAUUAUGGCUCCGGUCGCUUAGAGGGGCACAAACCUUCUGCAGUUGCCUUAAUUGUGGCGGAGCACCAUCAAGACGUAGCCGAAGGGCAACAUUCAUCGCUCCGCUCCCGCAUCUUAUUACCUGAAAUGGAGCACAAUAGGGUAGCUUGUACGGUCGCUAACGAAAUCGACUUCUAUUCGAGGGCAGCUGCAACAAAAUUCAAUCUAACUUAUGAACGAAAAGCACAUGAUUUGCCACUGUAUGAAAGGGGUGUGGCCGGAACGGAUUGCCCAGCCCCCCUGCUAGGCCCACUCCGCCAGGAUUCUAAACCGCUGAAUACACCCAGCUCCAACCCUUGUAUAUACGCUAUCAAGACUAGCCAGUCUACCAACUAA